UUGUGUGUAAUGAUUAACCGAUUGGAGAAAGGCAAGAAGAAACCGCCUCAGCCCUCAUAGGAAGUGACACACGCACAGCAACAUUAUAUAAACACAUAGUGUCUUCGUUCAGAGAACAGUGAACAUGACCAGACCAAAAGGAGGAUACUACAAAGCAGAAUUGGGGGAGCCACACAAAUUUGACCCCACAUUCAGAGGACCUGUUCACCAUAGGGGCUGCACAGACGUGCUUUGCUGUGUGAUCUUUGUGAUCGUCAUCCUCGGUUACAUCGUUCUGGGAACAGUGGCUUGGAUGCAUGGGGAUCCCCGGAAAGUUGUCUACCCGACAGAUAGCUAUGGGCAGUUCUGUGGACAGCAGGGUACUCCUAAUGCAAAUAAAGCCAUAUUAUUUUACUUCAAUAUUUUGCAAUGUGCCAAUCCUACAGUCCUCAUUAACCUUCAGUGCCCUACAACUCAGCUGUGUGUAUCCAAGUGCCCAGACAGAUUUGCCACUUACAUCGACAUGCAAUACAACUACAGACGCAAUAAAAGCUACUGGGAAUACUACAAGCAAUUCUGCAAGCCGGGCUUCAACUAUCCUGAUAAGCCGGUUUCUCAGGUGCUUCGGGAUGAAGAUUGUCCCUCAAUGAUUGUGCCAAGCAGACCAUUUCUCCAGAGGUGCUUUCCCGAUUUCAUCACUAGAAACGGGACAUUAACUGUUGCCAACCAAACAAGCUUCAAAGAUGGACACGGUAAAAUCAGAAGUGUCGUCGAUCUGAGAGAUGCAGCAAACAAAGUUACAGCUAUGCAGCAAGGAACAGAAAGUGGCAUCACCAGCCUUUUGGAUGCAAAGGAAGUGGGCAUUAAGAUCUUUGAGGAUUACGCCAGCUCGUGGUUUUGGAUCCUAAUUGGUCUGGUGAUAAGUAUGCUGGUCAGUCUGAUCUUCAUUCUGCUGCUGAGGUUCACCGCUGGCAUUCUCUUCUGGAUGGUCAUCUUCGGGGUCAUCGCAGCUGUGGGCUAUGGAAUAUGGCAUUGUUACUGGGAGUACAGUUCACUCAAGGGGAAGCCGGACUCUGACAUCACCAUCUCAGACAUUGGAUUCCAGACUGACUUCCGGGUUUAUUUGCAGCUGCGUCAGACCUGGCUCAUAUUCAUGAUCUCCUUGGCUGUCAUUGAAGCUAUCAUCAUCUUAGUGCUGAUAUUCCUGCGGAACAGAGUUCGUAUUGCCAUCGCUCUGCUAAAGGAGGGCAGCAAGGCGAUUGGCUGCAUCAUGUCAACACUGUUCUAUCCCAUCAUCACCUUCCUGCUUCUGGCUAUUUGUAUUGCAUACUGGGCUGUUACAGCUGUGUUCCUGGCAUCAUCUGGUGAUGCAGUAUAUAAAGUAAUGUCAACGCUACCCAACUGCAAGUAUACCAACCUCACCUGUGACCCAGAGACCUUCAGUCAGUCCAAUGUCACUAAACUGUGUCCGGGCUCCCAGUGCACCUUUGCUUUUUACGGUGGGGAGAGUUUGUACCACCGUUAUAUAUUUGUUCUUCAGCUCUGCAAUUUGCUGGUCUUCCUCUGGCUGGUGAAUUUCACCAUUGCUCUGGGCCAGUGCACCCUUGCCGGGGCUUUUGCCUCGUAUUACUGGGCCUUGAGGAAGCCAGCAGACAUCCCACCUUGCCCGCUGGCUUCAUCAUUUGGCAGGGCUUUAAGGUAUCACACAGGCUCUCUUGCGUUUGGAGCUUUGAUUCUGUCCAUUGUACAGUUUGUACGGAUUAUUCUUGAGUAUCUCGACCACAAACUGAAAGGUGCUCACAAUGCAUUUACACGCUUCCUGCUGUGCUGCCUAAAAUGCUGUUAUCUUUAA